AUGGACAAUGACCGGGACCGACUGAUGUACAUGAAUAGCAUUACGAUGCUUAAUGAUGGAAUGCGCAAGAGAAUUGAGCAGUUCAAAGAAUCAAAGAUUGCAUUGGUGGAAUCGAACGCAAGACUCAAAUUGGAGAUUCAAGAUUUGACCCAAAGGAAAAAAGAAUUGGAUCAAAUCCACAAGGAGAACUCUUGUCCGAUCUGCCUUUCCCGGUGGCAUCUCGAUGGCGACCAUUUUCCGAUGUCUUUGAAAUGCGGCCAUGUUUUCGGUGCGAAGUGCAUCUUCCAGCACUUGGGAUCUUGCUUUGCUUGUCCCACCUGCAGACAGCCGGUGUAUUAUAACUCACUACGCAGCCUCUACCCAUAUUAA